AUGUCGACUAAAACUAGAAGCACUGAAAAUGAAUCGAUAGAGAUGUCAUUGUCAACAGAUGUAGUUAGUAAAGAAAGCAGUAAGAUUGAAUCUGAUAUGAAUUCAAGUGGACAGCAAAAGGGAAUUAGUUGGUUCGUGGCUUCGAUGUUCAUUUUAGGCGAUUUAGUCGGCGGUGGUAUUGUUGCAAUGCCUGUCGCAUUCUCCCAAACAGGAUUCGUACUGGGCAUAUUGUUUAUGACAAUCAUUUGUACAAUUUUUGUGACAACCGGUUGGCUACUUGCUGACACGUGGGAAAUUAUGCGUGAACGAUGGCCGGAAUAUCGUAAACAUUGUCGGAAACCGUUUCCAGAAAUGGCUUUACGAACUAUGGGCAAACAAUCGGAAAUUAUCACUAAGAUUACUGUUUAUUCAACUCUAUUCGGUGCUACUGUGGUUUACAUACUUCUUUCUUCUAAGAUAAUCCAAAAAUUUAUGGCUAAUUUUAAUUUGGAUUUUAAUUUUUGCUUGCUUCUUUUUCUCGUCACCAUAUCUAUAUUACCAACCACAUUUCUUAAAUCACCGGCUGAUUUUUGGUGGACAGUCAUUAUUGCUGUUGUUUGUACUGUUAUAACAAUCGUGAUGAUAUUUGUUGGUAUUAGUUUGGAUUUUGGUGAUUGUUACUAUGAGGCUCAGUAUUCGAAUAUUUCACUUGAUGCCGUUCUUGGCUUAGGCAUUUUUCUGUUUGCUUUUAAUGGACAUCAGGUCUUCCCAACUGUUCAAAAUGAUAUGUAUAAUCCGGCAGAUUUUAAAAAAUCAAUUUUAGUUGGAUUUGUUUUUGUGGCAUUACUUUAUAUGCCUUUAUCUGCUUAUGCAUUUCUCGUAUACGGUGUCAGUAUGGCUAACUCAGUGAUAGAUUCAGUGCAAACAAUCUGGAUUCGUCAUGUUGCUGAUUUAUCCUUGGCGAUACAUUGCAUUCUUGCUAUCAUUAUCAUCGUAAAUCCAAUUAACUUGCAAUUGGAAGACACUUUUAAUGUACCACAUAAAUUCUGCUUCAAGCGAGUGGUAGUUCGCACAAGCUUACUCUUUCUAGCAUUAUUUAUCAGUCUGUCUCUCCCGAAUUUUGGUUCUGUAAUGAAUUUAUUUGGAAGUACUACAGUACCUUGUACAUGUGUCAUUUUACCAACCCUAUUUAAUAUUUAUAUUAAAGCUGCUACCUAUGAUAAAAAAAAUGAUGCAUGGAUUAUACCGACAUUUCGUGAAGUGCUGCAAAAAACAUCGAAAAUUCUGCUUUCAAUUUCAAUACUUAUAAAUGUUGUAACUGUACUUUGUUCCGCGAUUGCCACUGUAUUAUCUAUUAAAGAAAUAUUAGGAGUGCGAUUCACUCCACCAUGUUUUGUUCUGCCAUUUCUUACCGAUAAAAAUAGAACCCAAUUGAGUGCCGAUGUGCUGAAUUGCUGUGGAAUGUUUAUGAACAUUUCCAAAUUCAACUAUCAGUGUGGUGUCCGAUUGUAUGCUCUUAUUAUUAUGUUUUUCAAUUUAAAUUUUACCUUCGAAAAAUUCUCAUUCAUAGCUUACAAAUAA